AUGUCCGACACUUUCAGCUUCCAGGAGGCGCCGCAUCCGACUGAUGUCUCCAUCCCACACAGCUCUAUCAACGGCUCGUUCGGGGGCGCUGAGGUCGGCGUCUUCAAGAGCAGCUCUACUCUCUUCGAACUGAUCAACCUCUGGCAAGUCAAAUUCCUCAGCCGAGAUGCUAGGGGCACCACCGGAGUCCUAUCAACGCGAGCGAUGAAACUCAGCUCGCUGGCCCUUUUUGAUGAUUGCAAAGGAUACGCAUGGCUUUCUUCGAUGGCAGGCUACUAUAACGCGCUCACUGGAAACAAUACAAUGACACAAAUACAGAUGGAAUCCCACGCUCAGGCGGUCUCCAACUUGCGAGAAAAGUUCGAACACAACUCAAUGAGCCUUCCGCUGCUGGCCAGCCUCAAUAGCCUGAUCAGCGCCGAAUUUGCCGCCGGAGACUACUCGACAGCAGCCCAUCACACGAAGUUCCUCGCAGAUGAGCUGGAUCCGAGGACUACAGUCCACGGGGGACCUCUUGUGCAUCGCAUUCGGCACACAGUGAUUAUACUCGAGCUUGAGCGUUCAAUGGCAUCGUUCUCGAGGCCCCUCUUUGAUCUCAAUGCCUGGAUUGCGCAUGAUCAGUCACAAGAUCUCAAGGCAUCACGCACGCAGGCAUCAUCAAUUUUCUUCCCGCCGUAUGCUCCGUCAGGUUUUGAUCAUGAAGCUCUAUCAGAUGUCAGAUUAGUCGACGUCUUCACACGCAUGCGCCACUUUGACCAGAUCCUCGACCAGCUGGCGCUGGCAGACACAGUCGGUCGAUCCGCUGCUUUUCAGAUCUCUUGGACCGCCCUUCAGCUUGGCAACGACAUUCUGCUCCAUUCUCUUGACUUAUGCGCCACAGCCUCGCAAUACUCGAUCCCAGCAAGCAAGUUCUUCAAUGAGGAACAGCUGCGCCAUCUUCGACGCUCGCAGUAUGCCGCUGCCUCGCUUGCCUUGAUGUUCUACUUCCGGUUUCGUACUCGAAGUGAGCAUGGUGGCGUAGAGUCCACCAAUAGUCUAGCAUUGUUGGAAAGAUUCUGGAGCAUUGGACCGAGUAUAGCGAAACGUAUGGAGACGCUCAUGCGCCAUUCACAAGGCUCGGCCGACCUCCUUGUGCUGCAUAGCCAGACGUAUCAUGCUCCUUCCGAUUGCAACUGCCCAGACGAUGACAUUGCUCAAAUACCUAAGGACGUCGACCCAAUCAUACGACUUCGGUUGUGGGUUCUGUAUAUCGGCAAGUGCAUUGAGGCAACGGCCCGCCGUGGCCAACGAGUCCGAACCUCGUAUUUUGACGAUGCUCUAUCGAACCUGUGCGACGGCACUUUUGACGUAUGGCUGAAUGCUACCGACCGGCGGCAGGCUCUUGACAGGAUUGUCGCGGGCUUCUUUUCCGUCGAGCAUAUGGCCCCGCUCGAUGGACGCUCGAACAUCUUUCUGAAACAGGGUCCAGAGUGGCUCUCGCCUGCACUACGCACAUGGGGGUUUGCCAACUGGGACGGUGAACUGGCUUGA